AUGGAGAUGAACAUGAGAACCACCCAAUCCCAAUUGCGUUGGUAUGUCAGCUUCAUAAAAGACCAUCCCCAACUGCUACAAGGAAAGAACUGCCCCACAGCGCCACAUCUCAUCGCAGAUAUGUGGCUGGAGAUCGCGACAAAUUUAAACGCUAUGGUGGGGCCCACUAGAAGCUCCGAUGCUUGGAGAGAGAGCCUGCGAAAUUGGCGCAAGCAGUUGAGGUCACGUGCGCGCAAAGUGAUUGCCGAGCGGAAUAAGACGGGUGGAGGGCAGAACCCAGUGUCGGAGCUAACAGAGUUCGAGCAGCAAGCCCUAGAAGCAUUGCUGCUGUGGAGGACCACUCAAACUCCAUACUUGGAUUCCCGGCUGAAAACAACGAGGAAAAUAUUCCGCCACCAUAUUCAGAGGGAUUAACUGAAGUGUUGCCUUCUUUCUCUGCCGGCAUAUCGGAAGACGUAGUGGAAAUUUCUCUUCAAAGAUGUCCUUCCCCGUUUUGCAUCACUUUCUGCGAAUCGCCCAGUCCUCCAGCAUGUAGUGCUUCAGCUCCUAGUAGUGUUUUGCCCCCCGUAUCACGCUCUCGAAGGAAGACAUUUCGCAGUGAAAUUCUGGAAAUUGUCCAGCGUGAUAUGAGGGAGCGCAGAGAGGAGCAAUCAAGACUGGCUGAUUCGCUAAGCAAUUUGGGGAACGGCCUUUCAUCUCUUGCUGGUGUAAUUUAGGAGCUGAUUUCUCUGCAAAGACAGCAGCAGAAUUAAGAACUGCACAUAUCGAGCUCUAACCGCCAAAGAGACGUAAGCGACAUUUUUCUAAUUUUCUUUUUGAUGCAUAUGUACACUCACCAGAUAAUUUUUCCGCACAGUGUUUUUUUAAUAUUUGCAAUGUUUCUCAUAAACAAUUUUUUCGCACUA